CUUCGUAUCACUGUCAGAAUAUUAUUCUUCUUGCAGAAGUAAUAGGUGGUGGCUUGAUGCUACUUCUUCAGGACUGCAUCAGCCGGUAGUCUGCUCCGCCGUAUUGAUUAACUACGGGGAGCGGAAGCUAGAGACAUGCGGAGAUACAUCGAUCUCUCUCCAGUACACAUACGGAGGCAGCACCGCAAUGCCACGAUGAUGCAUUCUUAGGAAUAGGCACGAAGUGAUAUCUAUGCCCCAGUUGCCAAUCGUCGAUCUCCUAAGUACCUUUCGACAUUCUAUCACCCGCCGACUAACCCGCGGUCCACCACCACCACGACUAUCUACGUUACAACAAUAACUGACACCCUGCAAACCUAUACCCUCCUUAUUCCCAUUGCAUCCCAUUAAACUCUUUCAACUGAACACUGCAUACCAAACGGCAUCAUGUCAACGUCCUCUACCGCCCGCCACUCCAUCAUCUCGAACAGCGGCAGCGGUUCCAACAUCGCAGGCGCCAACGAGAAGCCAUAUCAACACCAUCCCUCGCAAUCAGUAUUGACAAUCCACCAGGCCAGUUCGCCAGGCCUGCGUGUGCCAUCGAACCGCAAGACCAUCUACGAUAGACAUCUGAAUCGGAGUCGAAAUGCGGAUCUGAGCCGCGCGAGCUUUGCGUAUCUCUUUGCGGAGAUGGUUACGUAUGCGCAGAGACGGGUUACGGGAAUUCAGGACCUGGAGAGAAGAUUAAACGAACAAGGCUACCCACUCGGCCUCCGCUUGCUUGAUCUCCUCUUCUACCGCUCCGCAUCGACGUCGACAUCCUCCUCCCUAACCGCCUCCUCGACGUCUUCGUCACCUCCCAACCGACCCCUCCGCAUUCUGCCCCUCCUACAUCUUAUCCACGGGCCUCUCUGGCGUCUCCUUUUCCAGCGCCCAGCAGAUGCGCUCGAACACUCCGUCUCUCCGCAGACUCCAAACGAGUACAUGAUCACAGACAACGACCCGUUGGUGAACACGUAUAUUAGCGUGCCCAAGGAAAUGAGCAUGUUGAACUGUGCGGCUUUCGUGGCUGGUAUCAUUGAAGGUGUUUGUGACGGGUGUGGUUUCGAAGCAAAGGUCUCGGCGCAUAAUCAGGGUACGGAGAUGUGGCCAUCCCGGACAGUUUUCCUGGUUAGGUUCGGGGAUAGUGUAAUGGAGAGGGAGAAGAUGCUGGAGAGGGCGGGUGUGAAAUAAUCGAGUCCAAAGGAGAUAAGUCAUUUGAAACCUAAGGGACAUGGAAAAGGAGGGAGACGCUUGAUUCCGCAAAAGAGCAAGCAUCAUGAGCAGCUUCGGCGUUACUGAGGGGUUAUUUCUUCGCGGGGCUCUUUUUCUAGACAUUUUGAUUCGAGAUUAUGAUUACGGCGAGGCGUUGCACAGAGAAAGCCAUCGAAGAGACUCUUUACGUUUUAAUCUUCAAGUUAAUAGAUUCAUGUCAAGAUAUCGACCAAUAUACGUUCCGAUUGAGAACCGGAUAGAAA